AUGCAACCCUUUAAUAAAUAUUAUCCACCUGAUUGGACUCCAGAUAAAGGUUCUGUUAAUAAAUUUGUUGGAAAACAUCCGCUUGGUGAUCGUGCACGUAAAAUUGAUCAGGGAAUUUUAAUUGUCAGGUUUGUAUUCUCGUCAAGUUUUGAUUCGAAUUACCUUUCAACAUUUGGUGUGAAGGCUGUGGAAACCAUGUCGGUAAAGAAUGCUGAAUAUUCGGUUAUUUCUGGAGCUCGUAAAAAAGUCGAAACUUGGGAGCCAGAAGAUUCUGAAGUCAUUAAAUUAAAAGAUGACGAAGAAGCUAAGAAAUUGGUUGAUAAUGCAUUAUAUAAGCUCGAACAUUCUGUUAAAGAUGAAUUGAGAUCUAAAGAAGUUAUUCCUAUUUUAACAAAACUUCAAAGAUUAAAUGAUAAACAAUGGGCGGAUCCUUAUACGCAUUCACAGCGAAUGCGUAAAAAAUUUAGAGAGGAGAAAAAAGAACUAGAAGCCAAAAGACUUGCAGAUGAAGAAAUACGCGAUAGAAAUGCAUUAUCUAUCCCACUGUUACCAGAAUCUCAAGAUGAUAUAGAUAAGGUUGCCCAAUUAUCGGUAAUGGUGGCAGUUAAUACCAAGCUCAAAACGGAUCCAUUUUUAAAGGAUAAUGAUUGGAAUCCCGGAAACAAUAUUGAUGGAAACGAAAAAAGUGCUGACAGAAGUAUUAAAUUCUGA